AUGUUAACACACCUGAUGAAUGCUACUGAUUCCAGCAGCGUUGCCGCUCCUUCGUUCUUUCAAGUCGCGGUAUUCAACGCAUACGUCAUUGUUGGACCAGUGGUGUUGGGUGCGCUUAUCGACGCCUGCCUCUUCGGUUGUCUCAUCAUCCAGACCUAUGUAUAUUAUGCGAAUUUCGCCAACGAUCAUCGAGCGAUAAAGCUCACGGUAGCAGCAGUCUUCGCAACGCAAAUUGCCCAUGUGAUCUGUGUGUCGGCGACGCUGUGGUACAUUGCUGUCAGCGCAUACGACGACUCUUUAAAACUCCAGACACUCCCUUUAGGAGCAGACGCAACCAUCCUCUUCACCGGAAUUACAGGGGCGCUCGUUGAAUCGUACUUCGCAUUUCGACUUUGGAAGCUUUCGAAAAGACUUCCUCUUGUCAUUCUCUCGCUCGUACUGUGUGCAGUAGCUCAGGUUAUUUCGAUUGUGGUCACAGCGAAAGCUGUCAACAUGACAAGUGUUGCAGCAUUCGAAAUCGAUCAAAACGUGUUGAUCACGCUUUCGCUCACUUCGCGCGUGCUCUGUGACCUGAUACUCACCCUGUCCAUUGCGUGGUACGUGAGGAAGCAGCGGUCAGGAUUUGCAAGGCAAGCUACGUUUCUUCCAAUUCGUUCCGUUGUGACAAUUUUGCAGGACGACGAGCAUGAUUGA